AUGGAACUGGACGAACUUAAGGCGGAAGUAUCGCGAUUGGCGAAUGCUCUUGAGGAAGCUUCUUCUGAUAAAAUCAAAGCAGCCCAGUAUGGGUUACAGGUUUUAGAUGAAAAGCAACAGCUUGAAGUUAAGCUUACUCAGUUACAAACACAGUUUGAUACCGCAAAAGCAGAAGCUGAAGCUACAAAAAAGGCCUUGGCACAGUUUCAAUCACAACAAAAAUCAGUUGCAAAAUCCGAUAUUGACCAUGAAGAAAGUUUGUUGGAAGAAACGAUGAAUCGAGAGCAGGAAUAUUUGGCUAAAAUUGCAGCUCUAGAAACAGACUUGAAAAAUUGCCAACAUGAAUUGGACAGGUACCGUACUGACCUGGAUAGGUUGCAAACUUUACAUUUAAAUGCUUCAGAAGCAGCAUCUGAUCUUGAUAUACAAAAGCGACAGCUCAAGGAAGACUUAAAAGAAUUAAAAAAUCGUGAACAAAGGCUUCUAAAUGAUUAUUCUGAACUGGAAGAAGAAAAUAUCAGCCUUCAGAAACAGUUAUCAAACCUACGCAGUGCACAAAUAGAAUUUGAAUCCAUGAAAAUGGAAGUGAAACGUUUAAUGGAUGAAAACGAUCAACUGCAGGCAGACAAGGAGGAAGCCAACAAGUUGACUAUUGUGGCCCAAAAACAUCUUGAAGAUGCAUUAUUAAACGUACAGCAAGAACGUGAUCAAAAACUAGCCUAUAAAAAGGAGCUGGAGUUAAUGCGAAAUGCGGAGCAUUUGCAACAGUUGAAUACAAUGCUCUUUGGAUUGCAGAACGAUAAUGAGGAUGACUCACAAGCACUUACAGAGCUGGAAUCAUCUUUUAUUGCGGAUUCUAAUGAAUUUGGUAAAAAUAGGCCACCGAAAGGUGCUGAUCUGUUCUCGGAAAUACAUGGUGACAUGCCGGAACGACUGGCUGAGCUGGAAACAAAGAAUGAUCAGCUUUCCUUGAAGUUAAAAGAAACGGAGAAAGAUGUCAGUUAUGUUAUCCCUGUUUUGAAGAGACUUGAAGUUAUGAGUACGCCAGACUUAGAUCAUGCACAACUGAAGCAGCUGUGCGAUGAUGCUUUAAAAAAGAUUGAGCAACUGAUUGAAAGUGCAUCCAAAGCAGUCACUGGAGGUAAACAGUACGACCUUAUAAAAGCAGAUUUGCACACUGCAAUUAUGGUAGCAGGAGAAAAUCAAGCAAAACUAGCUUCUGCUCAGGAUUUAAUGAUUGCUGUUGCUGAUUUUCUAUAUCGUUUAUACCAUCAGUUGGUUUCCACGCAUGGACUGGAAGCCGAUAAGAAUGCGGCCGAAAUAAUGAAAAAACUUAGGCAAUAUGCAAAUGAAAAUGCAGAAAACGAAGGUGUUGAAAGUGGAACAGAAACAGAAGGUGGUCGUUCGCCGCGUCUAAUGUUAAACUUGCAGCGUCAAUUUAUAUCACCAUCUUUUGCAAAAUUUCUAAAGGAAGAGCUAGUUUGUGACAGAUUGGAUGACAUAUUAACAGAAAGCGAUUUUAGAGAAAGAAUUGUUCCUGGUGAAAGUAAUGUAUUUCGAGUAUCAGACUGCCUUACGGAACUUUCAAAAAUUGUCCGACGUACAGUGGAGAAUGCUCUGAACACACGAGUAGAAAAUCAUGAUCAUCAAGAACUGACUUUACAAAACAUGAAGCUGCGCUCUCUGUUGGCAACUAAAAGGGAUCAAAUCGCCACGCUACGUACGGUGCUGAAAUCGAACAAGCUUACUGCUGAAUCAGCUUUAGCUUCACUGAAAGAAAAAUAUGAAAGUGAGAAAGCAAUGACUCAUGAGCUUUUGGAGAGGUUGAGACGCGAAUUAAAAGCAUUCAAAGAAGAUGCGGCAACAUUUGCGUCUCAUCGGGCAAUGUUUACUGCACGUUGCGAAGAGCUUCAAGCACAGGUUGAUGAAAUGGCCGCUAAUCAGAAAGCAGCUGAAGAUGAAAAACGCACACUGAAUUCUCUGCUGCGUAUGGCCAUUCAGCAGAAAUUGGCCCUUACACAAAGGCUGGAAGAUUUGGAAGUUGAUCGUGAAAGACAGGCAUUUAAACGUGGCAGCAAAACAUCAGGUCGUGUUGUAAAUUCGGAUGGUUCCGGACAAUUGCAUCGAGUUCGUUAUCCGGGACAGAAUAUUCAACAGCAACCGAGGAAUUUAAAGAGAGAUUAUUAG